GGUGGAUUCACCUGGUGCCAAGUGUUUCAGUAGUCUGGGAGUUCCGAGAUCUUCGUACUAUAAGUCUUUUCUCAUGUAUCACGCCAGCAAAUUUUCAACUGUUUCAAUGGCACCUGACAAUGGCCAAGGCACUGAGCAAGUUGGUAGCAUUGGAAUUUCGGGUGGAUCAAGUGUAAAUAAUCCAGUCAACCCAGGAGGAAGCGGAAAACAACGCUUGCGGUGGACUUCGGAUCUUCAUGACCGCUUUGUUGAUGCAAUCACUCAACUUGGUGGACCAGAUAGAGCAACUCCGAAAGGUGUUUUAAGAGUAAUGGCUGUACCGGGCAUUACAAUAUAUCAUGUGAAAAGUCAUUUACAGAAGUACCGCCUUGCAAAGUAUUUACCUGAUUCUCCAGCUGAUGGUUCUAAAGAUGAUAAGAAAGAUUCUGGCCAUACCCACUCUGACACGGACUCUGCACCAAGUGCACAAUUUAAUGAAUCCUUGAAAAUGCAAAUGGAGGUACAAAAACGGUUGCAUGAACAGCUUGAGGUGCAAAGGCAAUUGCAGCUGAGAAUUGAAGCUCAGGGGAGAUACCUCCAGAAGAUCAUUGAAGAGCAGCAGAAGCUAAGUGGUGUCGUGCAGAAGCACAAAUCCUCCCUUUCUCUGCCAAUUUCGGACAGCAACAGAAACCCAUCACCACUCAAGAAGCCAAGGACGGCUGUCGUCAAUCAAUCCUCAGAUGCUGCCCAGGAAACACCAAAACAAGAAUCCAAACCUGAUCUCUGCAGUGAUCAUUGUAUCAUCAGUUGUGGUUUUGGAGCAGGAACGAUGCUGGAUGAGGGUACUGGUAGCACUCAGCAGAACCUCCCGAAUGAGGUGGAGGUGGGUACUGAAGAGCUGGGUGUUCACAACUGCUCCGUUGUGAAUCUGUGAUGAUGAGAAUUUGAUUAGGUUUACGUUUUGUACAAUUCAUUUGUACGUGUCAUGCCACUGACAACUUUGAUGGAGAUGCCACUUUGGUUGGUUUCUUAAGCGCAAUUUCUAGUGUCCCCUACAAAGUGUUUUUUUGUAAGUAUCAGUUUAGACAGUGUUUUUUUUUUUUUUUUUUGGGAUAAAGUAUAAGUGGUAAAGAUGAGAUUUGGUUGUAGAACUUUGCUAAGCUAUAAAUUUCACUAGGCCAAAAUAUUGGCAAGUA